AUGUUUAAAAACCUUGCAAAAUUAGCUUGCUGCUUAGGAUUAGUUAAUGGGACCUUUUUAAUGUGUUCUUAAUUAAAGAAUGACCAUUCUCAUAAUAAAAUGCAACAUUACAAUUUUCUAAGUGAAAAUGAAUUACAUAACUUAUUGAACAAACAUCAAAACUUGUCGAUUCUUAAUAGAAAUUAGACUGAACAUAUUCUAUCUUUGAUGAGAGAAGCUAAUACCGAUAUUGUGGUAAUUAAAAAUUAAGAUAUUUUUAGACAUUCAGAAAGAACGCAGAUCGAUUGAUUAGAAUUUUAAUGGAAUAAGCUUUGGCUUAAUUAGAAAAAUAGAAUUCUGUAAAGCAAUCGCCUUUGGGAUUUUAUGAUGCAAAUGAAGUCAAAUUCUCUGAUUAAGAGUAUAUAUUUUGUAUUUAUAUUUUAGAAUAUGUAUUGUAAGUAUACUUCGAUCAGGAAAUGCAUUUUUGAAUGAAGGUUUAAGAGUGAUAUCAGGGGCAUCAAUUGGAUAAAUAUUAAUUUAAAGAAAUGAAGAGACAUCGAUGCCUAAAUAUUUCUUUGAGAAACUUCCAGAGAAUAUAAAUGAGUAAUAAAUUAUUUUAGUGGAUCCAAUGCUUGGAACAGGUGGAAGUGCAAGUAUGGCCUUAAAGAUAUUAAAAAAUUAUGGUGUAAAGGAAGAAAAUAUAAUAUUUUUGACUUUAGUUAGUUGUGAAUAAGGAUUGAAUAAAGUCUUUAAAGAACAUCCAAAUAUUAGAAUAAUUACAGCUCAAGUCGAUCCAAUAUUGAUAAAAGAGAGUAAUUAUUUAGCUCCAGGAAUCGGAGAUUUUGGAGAUAGAUAUUUUGGAACAGUUAAGAAACAUACACGUAGUGUUUAAGUUUGA